AGUGACGCGUCCACGAGAGUCAGUUUAUCCCUCUGUGCUUCGCUAUGAGAAAAAAAAUAUUUGGACUAACUCGAGCAGCCACUGCCAGCGUCCGUUAAUCAGCUAACUAUGACGCGGGUUUACAUUUUCUUUUGAAUGGAGUAGAACCGGAAUGUGUAGUGGUAGUGAGUGAUCUAUCAGGCCGGGGAUUAAACUCGCCUGGGCCGCCUUCCUCCUCCUCCUCCUCCGCCGCCGCCUCCUCGGUGCUGCUGCUGCUGCUGCUACUGCUGCUGGGACAAACUUUGGAGAAGUUCUUUUGUAUUCGACACAGUCGCACAGCUUGUGUUGGCCGACAAGCAGAACAUGGACUGGGGCACGGAGCUGUGGGACCAGUAUGACAUCAUCGAGAAGCACACACAGUCGGGCCUGGAGCUGGUGGAGAAGUAUGUGAAGUUUGUGAAGGAGAGGACGGAGAUUGAGCAGAACUAUGCCAAACAACUGAGGAACCUUUCAAAGAAGUAUAACCUGAAACGAGGCAGCAAAGACGAACCCGAGUGCAGAUUGUCCAGCUACCAGUCGUUUUUGGACAUCCUGAAUGAGAUGAAUGACUUCGCCGGGCAGCGGGAGCUAAUUGCAGAGAACAUGAUGAUGAACAUUUGCAUCGAUCUCACCAAGUACUUGCAAGAGCUGAAGCAGGAACGGAAGAUGUAUCUGAUGGAGGCCAAAAAGGCCCAGCAGAGUUUGGAAAGCACCUACAAACAACUUGACAGUAGUAAAAAGCGCUUUGAGCGAGAGUGGAGAGAAGCGGAGCGUGCGGCGCAGUACGCAGAGAAGACCGAUCAAGACAUCAAUGCCACGAAAGCCGACGUGGAAAAGGCCAAACAACAGGCCCACAUGAGAGCCCACGUCGCCGAGGAGUGUAAGAACGACUACGCCUCUCAGCUGCAGAAGUUCAACAAGGAGCAGAGCCAGUUCUAUUUUAACGACAUGCCAAUUAUUUUCAAUAAACUGCAGGAUCUGGACGAGCGGCGAGUACGAAAGUUGGCCCAAGGCUACAUCUUGUUCUCCGACAUCGAGAAGCAUGUGAUGCCCAUCAUUGGCAAGUGCCUGGAAGGCAUGACUAAAGCCGGCACUAACGUUAAUGAGAAGAAUGACUCCAUGGUCGUAAUAGAGCAGAACAAGUCGGGCUUUGAGCGUCCGGGAGACGUGGAGUUUGAGGACUUCAGUCAGGGCAUCAACCGCGCGUCGUCGGACAGUAGCCUGGGGACACCUAAAGGUCCCAUGGACCUUCUGGGGAAGAACAGGAGCAAGAACUUUUGGCUUUUCAGCAAAAAGAGUAAGCUCUCUCGUCCCACGCUCCCACCUUUCUCCACCCCCCCCGCCCCCUCGCCUGCUAACGGACCCCCGUCCCCCAAGUUCGGCCGGGACCCCCUGUCGUACUGUUUGAAGGAGAUCAAUAAGACAGUCAAACCCAGAAUCUCUUCCUUCCGGACGCUCAGGAGAUCGACCACAGUGACGGAGGACUUUGCACAUCUGCCUCCGGAGCAGCGCAGGAAGAGGCUACAGCAGAAACUGGACGAAAUAUGCAAGGAACUACAAAAGGAAGUGGAUCAGAGCGAGGCCCUCGGGAAGAUGAAAGACGUCUAUGAGAAGAAUCCUCAGAUGGGAGACCCAGCCAGUCUGGCAUCCCAAAUCAGCCAGACGUCCCAGAACAUCGAGCGACUGCGAGGAGAGCUCAACAAGUACGAGACGUGGCUGUCUGAAGCAGGAGGUCGAGGGGAAACGCUGCGCUAUAAAACUCACACAUUCAACAACAACGGAGCUCAUGACGUACAAAGUCCUGAUGGAGCUCACUCGGAUGAAAGCACUCCCGAUCCGUCUCAAGCCAUCUACGCCGAGUUUGAUGAUGACUUUGAAGACGACGAACUGACCGCUCCAAUCGGGAACUGCACCGCCAUGUACAACUUCCCCGGUGCCAGUGAAGGGACCAUCUCCAUGCAGGAAGGGGAGGUGCUGGCUGUGGUGGAGGAGGACAAAGGGGACGGCUGGACGCGCGUCCGCAGGAACAACGGCGACGAAGGCUACAUACCGACCUCUUACGUCACCAUCGCCAUAAACAAAUGACAGACGCACACACAACGCGAGGAACGACAGAGGAAGAGAUGAACAUUUCAUUCAGAUGAAUGCAGUUCUUACCGUGAAGCAACGCUGAGCGCGACAGAGAGAGAAACUGCUGCUGUUACAGGAACGCAAGGAUUUUCAUUUCAUGAGAAAGUUUCCUCCACGUGAGCAGAGCGGUGCUAACGGUCCUAAUUUCACCGUAAUCCCAUUUUUUCGCCACCAAAACCACAAGGUUAUUUUCAUUUCCAUUGCAUGCCACAACAUAUAUAUAUAUAUAUAUAUUUAUAUAUUUCUUUUCCAGUGUUUCAUUGAGCUCAGGUUCCAUCGACGGUACAAGUGCUUUCCUCGUUCCAUGAGGAGGAGGAAGAAGAUGAAGAUGAGUGCUGCUGCUGCCAUCUUUACACUGAGUGUUAAUAACAGUAAUACACAAGUAUAUGGAAGAGGAUCAGGGCCACAUGUGAACCUUUAUUUUGUAAACAAAAUUGAAGUAGGCCAGAGUUCAGAGAAAAAGUCAGAUUUCAAACAAUAAAAAGUCCAAAGUCUGAUGUCCAAAACAUAUUCUUAGAAUUCUUUGAGAAAGAAAGUCAGAUUUCUGAGAUAAGACUCUGAAGUCUAGGAGGAAAAAUUUGUAAAGUAGUGAAAAAAGAAAUCACAUAAUUCAAAACUUUUGAUUUUAAAAUAACAAUUCUGACUUUUCUGUAAGAAUUGUCUGAUUUUUUUUUUUUAUGUAAACAUUUGGCUCUAAUCCUCUUCUGCACAAGUAGGACGUUACCUCACCUGUUCACCUAAUUUCUCUCACAGAUGGAGAAUAAUCUAAUCUGCGGCUCCAGUGAGGCCACUUCUUGCAGCACAUAUGUUAUUCUGGAGAUCUUUAGUCACUUUCUUCUUUUAGUUCAGGCGUUUGCGUCACUUUUUGGGUGGCUGCAGCGUCCAAAGGCGUCUUUCUGUGUCCAGAUUAGUUACAGACGCGUCUAAUCGCAGACAAUCUCUCCAAUAAUCAUCAUCAUUUCACCGUAAACCGUAGCUGUUUUUUUGCCUGACAAAACAAAUGUACUAAAAUAAUUUAUUACAAAUGUGUAAAAUAAUAUUUUCCCGUUGGACAGAAGUCGUACUUUUGUAUUUGAGGAUUGGAGGUUCUCACGUGGAUGAUCUCUCCCCCCCCUUUGCACACUUAGUGGACAGUUUGUGGCCACAAAAGGGAGUAAAUGAGGCACAUGUCGAGUGUGCUGCAUUAAGACUAUUGUAUUUAUGUAAUAAAUAAUAUAUAUUUUAGCUAUCACAACACCACUAUUGUCUUACUUAGCUUUUUUUAACCAUUCAAAAUGAAGACGGUCACAUUGUAAGAGCAAACUAAAAGACCCUCAUGUUGCUACUAGUGUUUUUGUUUUUAAUCUUUCCUUUUGUUUUUGCUUCACAAUUUUCACGCCAAUCAACGUCCAUUUUAUUUUAUUUUAUUUUAUGUGUUGUUAUUGAGCCAACAGGAAGCAGUUACUGCUCAUGUGUCUUUGGUGCCUUUCUGGUUAAAAGCAUAAUGUAUAUACUUCAUUUUCUUUUUGCAUAUAACAUAUUUCAUUCUUUCUUUUUUUGUUUUUUUUCCAAGACUAAAUAAAUGCAAAGCACAUUUCAAAGUUAGAAAUGGUUAAUUCAUUUCAUUUCUGGGCUUAGGACAAAAUAAAUAUUUGACGCUUU